GUGAUAAACUUAUUAAAUAGGUAUUUUAUGGCAGAAGAUUCUAAAAUAGCUAACCUAGAUGAUGCAAACUCUACAAAAAAUGCACUUUUGAAAGCAGCAGGUAUUCCUAAAGGACUUAGAGAGAAAUUCAACGAUCGUGUUCUUGCAAAUUUUGAUUCUCAAAUGGAAAAUUUAGUAUCAACACCUCGCAACCCUAACAGUCACCCAGCAGCAGACGAAGAAGUUGGGAGUGACGACGACACCUAUUCAAUUGGGAGCGAUGAACUUCCAAACGAGAAUUCCUCAAUGUCAACCAUGGACUCGAUUCCCUCAGACGCUUGCCUGAAAAAACUCAUGGCUGAAGGCAAAGACCUUACACAAAUAACAGAGGAAGGAGAAUGUUUGCUCUCGCUGGCGAGUGCAAAUGGUUACUUGGAUCUUGUUCAAGUGAUGCUCGCCAUGAACCGUGACUCAGUCGAUGAACGGGGUCCCAAAAAUGACUUGACUCCUUUGAUGGAAUCCGUUGUCAAUGGGCACGAAGACUGCGCCAAGGUUCUAAUUGAGCACGGGGCAAAUAUAAACGCCCAAAGCGAAAACGGCAACACACCUUUGCACUAUGCAUGCGCCAAUGGGCAUGUCAGUAUUGCCAAAGAGCUUUUGGAGCGGGGAGCUGGAAUCGAAGAUCAAAACGAAAACGGGCACACCCCUCUGAUGGAGGCAGCUAGCAAUGGCCUGGUAGACAUAGCCCGGAUACUCCUGGAAAGGGGUGCCGGAAUCAAUGCAUACUCCAGUGAGUUUAAGGAGAGUGCACUAACCUUAGCGUGCUACAAAGGUCAUUAUGAAAUGGUCAAGUUUCUCCUGGAAGAAGGAGCAGACCAAGACCAUCAAACUGAGGAAAUGCACACAGCCCUGAUGGAAGCAUGCAUGGACGGUCAUUAUGACGUAGCAAAGUUGCUGAUUGAUCAUGGCGCCAAGGUCAAUAUGCCGACCGAGAGUUUCGAGUCCCCUCUGACCUUGGCCGCUUGUGGGGGGCAUCUGCAGCUGGCAAAUUUGUUAAUUGAGAAGGGGGCUUCUUUGGAAGAAGUAAACGAUGAAGGGUAUUCGCCGUUGAUGGAAGCGGCCAGGGAGGGGCACGAGGCGAUGGUCAUGCUUCUAGUCAAUUGUGGUGCAAAUGUUAAUGCUCAAACCGAGGAAACACAAGAAACAGCCUUGACGUUAGCAUGCUACAACGGAUUCAUCAAUAUCGCCAAAUUCCUCCUUGGAACAGCGGGUGCCGACGUCAACGGAGGUGGCUCAUCCCCUCUGAUGGAAGCAGCGCAUCAAGGUCACGUCGACUUGGUGAAGUUUCUAAUCAAUAGCGGGGCUGAUCUGCACUUGGAAACGGGUGGGGGAGAUACGGCGUUGUCGUUUGCAUGUGAAAAUGGACAUAAUGAGGUUGCAGAGAUCCUGUUGAAUUGUGGAGCUAAGUUGGAACAUGAAAGCGAGGGAGGAAGAACUCCUCUCAUGAAGGCAGCAAGAGCUGGACACGUGUGCACUGUGCAGUUUCUAGUCAGCAGAGGCGCCGACGUCAACCGACUGAGUCAAAACGAAGACCACACACCACUGUCAUUAGCUUGCUCAGGAGACCACAAGAAUGUAGUCGAACUACUGCUAGAGCACGGAGCUGACCCCUCAGUGCGCCUCAAAGACGGGUCCAACGCACUCAUAGAAGCAACUAAGGCUGGAAACACCCAAAUUGUCCGUCUGUUACUCGAGUACUCACCUUCAAUAACCGAUUCACUAACCGAUACUAAUGAGUUAAUCUACGGAUCUGAAAUACAACCCAGAGUGCCUACCCAGGCGCUUCCAAAUAUGGUUCCCCCUGCCCAGCAAAACCCAAUGUCCCUGAACGUUGCGACCCAGAAAACAAACAUGAUUCCAUGCCAAGUGCAUAAUUACAACUGUCCCCGAAAUGCAAACAACCAGAUGUUGCAACAAUCCCAAAUUCCAGACGUGGUCCAGUCGACCCAAGAAAGUUUUGUAGUGUCGGGACCUCAACAGCAGCAAUACACGAAUAACCCUCAUGUAGCUGGACAUGCUCAGGUUCCGGCGCAUGUUUGUGAUCACUUGCGGUUAGCCCAAGGUGGCACGAUGUACCCUUUCGAUGAUAAUAGCUAUCAUGAAAAAGAGCAAGAGAUAGCAAAGAAUCUGCAGAAGGAGAGGGAUGAGUUGCUGAAGAAGAAGGCGAAGUUGAUGAGUGAGAAGAAGGAGAUCAGCAAAAAUGUGCAACAGGCAGCCAAGCAGUACAGGGAACAGCAGCUACAGCAUCACCAACACCACGCACACCAACAACAACAACAGCAGCAAACAAACUCCUCGAAGCUUGCACCCGAUUGCCAAAACCAACUCUGGCAUCAAAUGCCGGCCAUGCCCUCUCACUUACCACCACACGACUGUCUGGACCCCUCCAGUCAAUGCAAUCAACAAACCCCCACGUCCGAGGCAUCUGGUCAACACUGCUCAGAAACGUCUUUUGAAACCCUAUCAACUUCGGGUAAUUCAGGUCCGUGCUGUGAGCAUCAUACGUUGCCCACGGCCUGUGGAGAUGUCAAAACUGGGUCCCAGAGUCAACCUGGGCCGUCGCCAUACCUCGAAGAAGGAUUCUCAGCCGCCAAUCCUCUCGCAGGUUGCAACCUUCAGAAGAAUGUCGGCAUUCCAAAGGUCGACAACAGCAAGCAGUGUCUGAUCAAUAAUUUAAAUCGGCCGCCGGGUUCAGGUGGGGGCGGGGAGAUAGGCAAUGAAGGUAACUCAUACGCAAAUCGGCAGGUAUCUGUCCUAAAUCCGCAGUUGGUCAACCACCCGGCUCUAUCGGGCCUGGGAUUCGACGGAUCUCUGGAGAACUUUGACGUCGGCAAUUUCCCUCUUUCAAUGGUGCCACAGUAUCCCAUGAACAAUGUGACUGGGAUCGACUCUGCGAUUCUGGAAAAAUUGAAGCAAUUACCUGAAACCGAGCAGCGGAAGCUGAUUGAACUUACCACCACCCUCGCGUCUGCAAUCGACAACCCACACCUGCUGCAAUAUGUCAGCCAACAGUCACCCCAAAACACCACCUCCCAACAACAACAACAAUCAGGUUCCCAAAGCUCUUCGAAGAGUCCAUCAUCCCAGGUGUCUCCGACCACGGCAACUACGUCGGCACCCCAAACCCCGACUAUUCAGCAACAACAGCAGGCAAUAGCAACCACCUUCGCAGCAGCAAUCGCAGCCUCCCAGUCAUCCAACAUCCUAAGUCCGGAAUCCCUUGCAUCGACAUUCAGCAUGGAGAAUGUAUUGAAUGCGGCAGGUCUGAUUGCGGCAGUAAAUGCGGACCCCUCCCAGCGGGUUUUCGACCUGCUGAAUCAAGGGUACUCCGGUGAUAAGAUGAUCGCAGACCAGCAGCUGGCGGCACAGUUUGGAAGGAUGGAUCUCGAACCAGACCAACAAGAAACAUCACAGACCGGAGACCUCUUACUUGCGCCUAACCCCUCCCCCACCGAAGGCAUCGGAACCCCAAACCGAUCCACCUCACCCUGUGAGAACGUCCCCUCGUCUUACAUGUUCCGACCCGGUGACCUGUAUCCCGUAGGUGCAACACCUGCCGGCAUUCUUCCCACGGGUGUCAUUCCCAGUUUCCAGGGUCUCACGGCUGAACAAAUUAUGGCCUUGAACGGUCAGACAGCGAGUAACGGAACGCAGACGGCAAGUAUUGCUGGACAACCUGUGAUCAUGCCGCAAGCGUUGAAUCAACAGCAGCAGGUUGCUCUAGCUUUGAACAACGGUGUACCAACCAUGGCAAUGGGAGGCAGAACUACGGUGGAGGUUAACGCGCAGACAGAUAGCAAUAACGACACCCCGUUGACGAUCGCGGCCGCGGCUGGCAAUCGAGACAUAGUGAGAGAGUUGUUAAAGAGCAAGGCGGAUAUCGAACACAAGGAUAAGAAAGGUUUCACCCCUCUCAUCCUCGCCGCUUCUGGUGGUCACGUGGACGUUGUCCGGUUGCUCCUGGAAACAGAGGCACAACUGGAAGCCACGAGCGAGCGAACCAAAGACACGGCCCUCUCUCUGGCAUGUUCCGGAGGAAAGGAAGAUGUUGUCUGUGUUUUGCUGGAGAAGGGAGCAAACAUUGAGCAUCGAAAUGUAUCUGACUACACUCCGCUUAGUUUGGCAGCGUCAGGAGGGUACAUUAAGAUUAUCAAGAUGUUACUGAGUGCGGGUGCUGAAAUCAAUUCCAGAACUGGCAGUAGACUUGGAAUCUCACCUUUGAUGCUAGCUGCAAUGAACGGCCACGGAGAAGCAGUGAAACUCCUCUUAGACCAUGGCAGUGACAUAAACGCUCAAAUCGAAUCCAACCGAAACACCGCUCUAACCCUCGCGUGCUAUCAAGGACGACACGAAGUUGUAUCGUUGCUUCUAGAACGUCGCGCCAAUAUGGAACACAGAGCUAAAUCUGGACUCACGCCACUGAUGGAAGCGGCGUCGGGGGGUUAUGCCGACGUUGGAAGAGUCCUCCUAGACCACGGAGCUGAUGUCAAUGCUCCUCCGGUUCCAGCAUCUCGAGAUACUGCGCUGACUAUUGCAGCAGAUAAAGGUCAUUACAACUUCUGUGAAGUAGUGGUAGCAAGAGGUGCAAAUGUCGAGGCGAGGAAUAAAAAAGGCGGGACUCCUCUCUGGUUGGCGUGCAAUGGGGGACACCUGGACGUCGCGAUGAUGUUGGUGACCUCGGGGGCGGAUGUAGACGCCCAGGACAACAGGAAGAUUUCGUGCUUAAUGGCGGCAUUCCGAAGGGGUCACGUGAAAGUUUUGCGAUAUCUGGUGAAGAAGGUGUCGCAGUUCCCGGGCAACCAAGAAUGUCUGCGGUACAUUGCGACCCUAAGUGACAACGACCUUAUCAAGCGCUGCAACCAGUGUCUGGACAUCAUCUCAAACGCCAAGGACAAGCAGGCAGAACAGGCCAACAAAAAUGCAACUUCUCUACUCCAGGAGUUGGACGAUGAGAAGUGUCGCGAGGAAAAGCAGAAAGAAGCUGCAGCUCGCAAACGUGAAAAACGGAGGCUGAAGAAAAAGCAGCAAAAGACGAACAGCAACUCUAAUAACGACGCAGAUAAAGAUGGUAAUGAAAGUCAAGACGAAGACGGAAUGGCGAACGACAAGGAUGAAGAGGCGACAGUAGCCGACAAUUCUGGUGCAGAUCGGAAAGCAGAAAAGAGUCAGCAACUGUCAGGUAGUGGAAAAAUUGGUGGCGGCAGUAUGCCCAGUAGUGCAGCGGGAGGCAUCGCAGGCAGAAAGAUCCUGAAAGCUCAGAGCUCAAUGUCCAAUGGAGUUGUAGAGGAUACUUCGAAGGACGGAGGAGAUGCUGACGAUGAGACAGACUAUGACGCGCUUCUGGGUAUGGUGGAUUCAGUGUCUCUAUCCAGCAGUGGCAAUAGUUCCACUCAGACUUCAAUGCUUAUCCGGAGCUCAAACAACGCCACACAAGCAGCCUCAUCAGUAAACAGCAACAACCACAACAACAGCAGCAGCUCAGUAGCGAGCGGAAACAGCAGCAAGAAAAAGAACAAGAAAGAGAGCUCAGUUGUCGCGCAAUCCGCAGCAGGAACGCCAUACAGUCCAAGACGGGCCAAGAACAAAACAGCCCACCAUCAAGUCACCAGUUCCAACAAUAAAAACAACAACAACAACGCAGUUCCAUCGACUCACGCAAAAAUGCAGCGUGAAAACUCAUCCUCGAGCUCUGCAAAUACCCGAUCUGGGAAAAAUGCAGGGGGCAAUUGGAAAAGUAAAAGCAGUGCGAGUAGUCGAUCGGUCAGUGGAAGUGGAGUGGGGGGUAAUCAGAGUAGUAAGAAGCAAGUCAUGGGCAGCAGUCAUGGACAGAAUAGUAUGUGUGGAUCUAUGGACAUCAGUGGGGGACGUGAAGAUAAGACACGGUCCGGAUCUACCAGUGGAAGUAAAAGUUCUUCGCAAUGCCACUCCGACGUUGUCAUCUCAAAUGGACCCCAAACGUCAACGCCUAGCUCCUCGGCAGGAGGAAGAAUCAGUCCGUUUCCAUCCACCUUGAAACCCCACCCCUUCAACACAAAUAUUAGUAACGCAACCAGCAGUCAACACCAACAGUACUACUACAACAUGCAUUACACUGUAUCGAGUGGUAGCUACUCUCGAGGAACUGUAUCGACGUUCACGCAGAGUGCGAAGAAUCAAGAUGCUCAAAACAUGAACAAAGUUGCAGUACCACUGAACGUGAACUUGUCCCCCACAAAUGGGGAGGUAAUGCCGCCGACUAGUGGUAGUAAUAGCAGCAGUGGAUAUCUGUCGGUGACUCCGACUAGAAAUGGGUCCAGUAAUGUGAGUCCGCGGAAACCGGCGAGACGCGGGGAGGAGGGCUGGAAAGAAGUGACUGUGUCGAGGAAGAGUUUAAUUUCUAAGAAGACAGUAGUUCCUGGAAGUGCCAUCAGUCGAGUGAUCGGCAGACAGGGCUGCAACAUCAACGCCAUCCGGGAGGCCACCUGUGCCCACAUAGAGAUAGACAAGCAGUCUGGCAACGGAGGGGCACACAGUAGUGGUAGUAGCAAGGCAGACAGACAGCUAGAGAGGGAGAGAGAGCGGGGCAAUAACAGUGACAGAAUCGUCAACAUUCGUGGCAGCGCAGAAUCUGUUAAAUGGGCUGAGAAGCUGAUCGACAUUCUGAUCCAAGACCCGACAGUAGACAUAACAGAGCAUAUUCCGAAGAAUCUAGCCCAAACUCUAACCCACUCCAAUAACCAGAACCUGAAUCCGCAGGGAUCCUUAUCGUCGGUAAGCUCCUCAGGAGGAGUUAUGGGACAUUUUACAUCCUCUGCGCCGGGUGCUAAAAAAACAUCGCAAAACGGUUCUAUAGUGGGAGGACAUGUCAAUAGUUUCGGUCAACCGGUCUCGAGUUCGAACCCGAUCCUAUCCGGAGCACCAUUGACGACAGGAAACUACUCUUCAUUCGGGCCGAGUAACAAAUCAGGUAGUCAGAUGUCGGGAGCUCCAGCAGUUAUAGCUAUGGAAGCGUCCCGAGGGAACGGAGGAGCUGGGAAGACUCAUUACCCGUCAGUUGGAGUUAUUGGUAGCAGGCCGGUCGGAUCGAGAUCUUCGUUUUCCCAGGGUUCCAGCCAGAACAAAAAUCAGACUGCGUGGAAAACGGGAGACGGAAGUAUGGAGAAUAAUGCCGGAAAUUACAAUGCGUUCAGCUCAAUUUUUAACCAAGGCUCGGCAGCUAAGAUUUGGCAGGGAUAUCUGGACUCGAAUGUGGAAACAGGAGAUGGAAGGGGUUAUGGCGGAUUUCAAGGACAGUUUGACAGCAGAGGGCAUCAUUCAGAUUCGAAUCUGAAAUCAUCUGAUUCGCGUAUGACUUCAUCUGCAGUGGGCGGUCCAUCGAGUAGUAACAAACAACAGUCGAGUAACAACUCACAACCAGGCAGUUUAGUGGGAGGAUCCAAUAUGAGUCACUCUGUCAACAUACCAUUGGACACUUUGUUCAACAACAAUAGCAGUCUAAACCCCCCAGAAUCGGACCCCUCGUCUCUCUUUUCUUCCGUUAACUCUCAGUCACCUGAAUCAAGUCAGUCAAUGACUGCAUUGUCCAAUAACCCAACUGGGCCAGCUAGCCUAAAUGUCAGUUUGAACUAUCCGAACACAACGCCGACCGGACGUCCCGAGAAGUCGAGGAACCCGUCAGGUAAUUCAGUUCACGCCGCAGGCGAUGUCGCAUCACCGAAGGUGUCACCGCCUCUAUCGUCAAGUCAGGCGUCGACAAGUCAGUCGCAAUCCGCACCAGGUGGACACGUGGUGUCCUAUAACUCUGGUGCCCAAAAAGACAUUUCGGCCUCGAGUUCCGGUCUGUUAAGUGACUCGUCGGCUCAUAUUCCGACUUCUCAGAAUCAACCUGGAGGUCAGCAGAGUUCGGUUGGAAGUGAAAAGAAACAUGGACCUGCCCCGAUUGGGUUUGAAAGAAAGGCGCCAGCGGCUAAGUCUGCACACGGAGGUGGAAUUCAGUCGCAAGGAAACCUGGGUUUCUCUGGGCUGACAUCAGGAAACAACCAACACUUAGGCCCAAUGUAUAGCAGUCUGGAGUCGAAUCACACACCUGACUUGUUCAAUUCGUUCUCAAAUUUCAACAUGGACAAAAGCAGCCAGCAAUUUUUGAACUCUUUCACUACCCCACAUGCACAGAAUCCUAUGACACAACCAUCGCAACAACAGCACCACCAGUUACCCAAUUUCUAUAACCAGCACCCAUCUAAUGCACCUUCAUUCUACCCCCAACCCUCGUCAGGCGUUCAACCCUCAAACGACCUCCAACAGAAUCCGUCAGUGUCGAUGGGUGGGGGUCAACAACAACAGAUGAGUAAUGUGGAUCCGACAGCUGUUGGGGGAAUGGGUGGGGGCAUGAUGAGGCACGAAGGGGGAGCGGGGAAUAUGUCUGCUGGGGUUUCGGGAGUGCAGGGAGGGGGAGGGGCUUCGAUGCAUAGUCACUCUAUUCAGAAUAUGUACUCAUCGCAGCAAAAUAUGAACGGUAAUUUAUCUGUCUCGCAGCAAAUGGUCGCCUCUGGAAACUCACAACACAUGGGUGCACUGGCCCCUGGAUCCAUGAACCAGUUCCGGGUCAACCCAAAUCAGUUCUUCAAUCCUAUCAACCCACAGUCUGGCAACCUAUCCCAGCAGCAAAUGCUCCCAAGUCACCACUCUGCAAUGAGCAACCCAAACGGACCCCAACCUAGUAUGGUAAACCCAAUGGGAUCCAUGCAUAACGGGGGGUUCCUUCCCUUUGGUGCUUCGAAUGGGAACAGCAGCAACAUGAACAUGAACAACGCACUGGGUCUGAAUUCGGCCUCAAGUGGCCGCGGUGAUCUGCAGUCGUAUGCAGCGGGAGCACAGGGGGGUUUUGCGCCCUUUCUCUCGAACGGAGUGGGCAUGGAUUGUGACAGAGGAGUGAUGAUGGACGAGAGGUCUCUGAAUUUGAACUUGGCUGCCCAACAUCAGUUUGCUCACAAUGGAGCAGACACGAUGUUCUCGUGGGGCCAAUCAGGUGUAGGCAACGGCGACUAUAACCAAAUGUAAUCAGCCGAAGAGAAAUCGACCCACGAAUUUACUACCUACCACCCUCGACACUCUGCUGAUAUGUUUCCUAUUACACGCGAGAACACCUAUAACGAUAUAUUACUACCCCCACUCUUGAAUAAAAUCAGGAGACACGAUACAACCAUUUCCCUUCUAAACGAAUAAAAACAUGACUGGUUACAAAAUUAUGCAAACGUGACAAUAUAGAAGAAAGCGUCUUUCAAACGUAGAAGAAAGCAGCACGCUUCGAAACUGAACCCACCCAAACUCAAACCCAAAUUGUGUACUACUGGUGAAAAGAAAGCAAGAGAGCAGAAGAAAAGAGUAAAGAGAUAGUUUGAGGAGUGUAUUGGUAGUGCAUUUGAUAAACUAUAGAUUGAUAAGCAACUUGCAUUUAACCUGGUUUCUGAUCUGAACAACUGAAAUAGUCUGCUGGUACCGAUGAUUCUUAUAUGCUAUGAUGGAACAAUUACGUUAA